AUGGCUUCUACACUCAAGCCAGGCGAUCCCGAAUGGGCUCGAUUCGAAAACGUCCUCACCAUCCAUAAGAACGCGAUCCAAAAGUCGUCUCAACGAAAGGGGCAACAGCCCAAAGAUCAUACACCCCGUGCAAUAUGUCUCCAGCAACAACAGUCUAUGGCGGUUCUGAGCAGCAAAAUGCGGCAAUUUGGAGUGGGACAUGAGUUUAGCAUGAGUGUUAUCGGCGAAUUAUACCCUCCAUCCAUCGCAUCCUUCGAAACGCUUCAAAAAUUGAUGAUCAAGGACUUGAGACUUGAGGUUCACCAUCGGGGCUUUUACCUACUUUUGCGGUUUAUUCACACGGCCACGCGAAUGACGGCAGCCAUGAACGUUGUUGAGGAUGAAACGGAGGCCGUCAUGCUUCUCAGUUUAUACCUACAGCUUCCAGAAAGCAUCAGACCAGCUGAAAGCAUCCUCAAAGACAAAAGUGUCAUUAUUCUCAAAGAGCCAUACUUCAAAGUUGCAACAAGUGGAGGGUAUCUUAUCAGAGUCGAUCAGCCUACUGACAUUGCUUGGCUUGCCGACGAUGAUUCUAGGAUUCCCGAGAAAUGGAGAAAGCCAGAUGUGAGCAUUCAACAGUCAGCCGAUUACUGGAAGAAGCGGGGAAAUGAGUUAAUAGGCAAGGAGAACUUUUUCGAAGCAAUUGAAAUGUAUGUAGCUACAUCCUCAUCACUACUUUUCCAACACUUUUAGCAGGUAUUCAAGAGCUUUACGGUCUUCCCCAACCUCAGCGGAACAAGAGUUUUUGCACAAUAACAGAGCUCUCGCAAACCUGAGAAUCGAGGCAUUUGAUGCAGCCUUGAGCGACGUUUCUUUCGUUUCGAAUCCUAACGACAGGUCCGAAAAGGGCCUUUACCGCGGAGCUCUUGCCUUAUAUGGCCUUGGGUGAUUCAAGGAAGCUCAUGAAAUUCUGCGAAUUCUCAUCGACAAAUAUCCUAACAGUACAGCUGGUAAACAGGAGCUUGAACGAACACGUCUCCGACUCCUAGAGCAGGAAAAUGGGGUAUACGAUUUCAAAACAAUGUAUAAGGCAACAAAACUCAGACACCCUUGAAUUGACUGUGCCACUUUCAAAGGACCUGUCGAGAUACGAGAAUCAAAAGGUCGUGGUAGAGGAUUGUUCACAACGAAAUCAGUCAGAGCCGGGGAUCUGCUAUUCUGUGAAAAGGCAUUCUCAUACUGCUUCGCUCCACCAGAAGAAGAGAUGGACAAACUGGACUUCAAAUCUUUCUCUAGGUCAUCGCUCCUGGUGGAUGUGCCCAACAAGAGAAUGAGUCUUGGAACCCAUGCAGAUCUGAUCCGUGACAUUUCCAACAAAUAGGCUCUCAAUCCUUCCCUUCAGGAGUCAUUCGAAGAUCUGUUCCAUGGUGAGUACGAUGGUGUGAAGGGACCUUUUGUUGACGGAUGUCCCGUGGUCGAUGCGUAAGUCUUCCUCGAGUAAAGCUCUCUAGCUGUUACUGAUACCUUCUAGGUUUCGUGUCGGUACUACGAUUCAUUGCAAUUGUUUUGGUAGUCCAUUGACCUCAAAGAUACGAUGGAUGAUGCGGAGCUGAAUCGUAUCAGCGGUUACCAGAUUGCCAAACAACCUCAAAGCACGCACUUUGGAACAACAGGAAUGUGGAUCCUAGCAUCUUAUAUCAAUCAUUCUUGCAAUCCAACUUGCGUACGAAAUUUUAUUGGAGACAUGCAAAUCGUCAGAGCUGCAAGAGAUAUGCCGGCAAACAUGGAGCUAACAUUCAGCUACCUGUAUCGCGAUGAAUCCCCAAAGAUGAUUGACGUUUCCUCUUGGGGAUUUCAACGCGAUUGUUCUAUCUGUGUUGAAGACCGUGCAACCUCUGCCGCUGUGAACAUGCAGAGACGCAAGCUCCACAAAGCCUUUGCACUCCCAAACGCUACCCCGGAGAAGAAGGAGCAAACCCUAGGUCAAUUCGCCAACACGUACAAGAAACCGCCUUCAGAAGUCCCAAGGCUCGAAAUGAUUCUCAUGCACAAUUCGCUCAUUCGAGAAUUUGCUCAAGGUAACGAGGUGAAGAAAGUAGUUGAUCAAGUACUUGCUACCUUUGAGAGCCUAGGUUUUAUCAUUGAGGGUGCGCGCGCCUCAUCUUCUCAAAGGUCAAAGAUUAUCGUGCGAAAAUGGGGCUUCUCUUACAAUGGAGCCACAUCUCUCUGGCUGACGCUUCGGGACGUGUAA